AUUCUCGUUGGAGAGCUGUGUGCCUUCUUCACCAAGGCAGAGGGAACCCAGGAGAAGACCAUUGUCACUGCAGACUGCUGCUACUUCAACCCCCUACUGAGACGCAUAAUACGCUUCCUAGGCGUCUAUGCCUUCGGCCUGUUCACCACCACCAUCUUCGCCAAUGCCGGUCAGGUAGUGACAGGAAACCAGACGCCUCACUUCCUGUCAGCCUGCCGACCAAACUACACAGCGCUGGGCUGCCAGUCCACCAUGCAGUACAUCACAGAGCGCCGCGCUUGCACAGGCAACCCGCUCAUUGUAAUGUCUGCACGUAAAUCCUUCCCAUCCAAGGAUGCAGCACUCAGCGUCUACUCUGCAGUGUACACAGUGAUGUAUGUGACACUGGUGUUCAAGACCAAAGGCACGCGGCUGACCAAGCCCACCAUCAGCCUCACCCUUCUCUGUCUGGCCAUGCUAGUAGGCGUGGUCAGGGUAGCCGAGUACCGGAACCACUGGGCUGAUGUCCUGGCAGGGUUCUUCACCGGGGGAGCCAUCGCUGUAUUUUUGGUGACUUGUGUGAUUAACAACUUCCAGCAGUUGCAGCCCAGUCUUCCUCCACCACGACCCCAGCGACCUGAGUCCGUGCUGGGCAUGCCCAUGGUGACGCUUCCCUGUGUGGAGAGUCCACUUGAAAAGUUAAGUGGUCCUCAGACUCCGCGGGGAUCUCCGUUCACCGAGAUCACAUGACCAUCAGCCCUAUCGGUUCCCCGCCACCCCCGAUGUCCUCAUACCGUCUCGCUCCAUUUCCAGCGAAGUCUAGACCAGUCGGAGCAGCACUCGCCGCACUGUGCCGCCCAUCCGGCUGGGCGGUAUGCAACGCUGCACCGCUCCUAUUCCACGCAGGUCUAGACCUCUCCCAAAACAAAAAAUACAACACACACACACACACCAUCCUGUUGCCCUCUCUAAACCCUGGGGAACCGAUAGGCAAACUCUUCAAAGACUUUCUCUUUGCUGGAUACCCAGUAAAGUAAAAUGCUGAACAUUCAGUACAGAGUCAGGUACAUCUUUUUCUUUUUUUUCCCCAUUUUGAAUAUUCUAAUUAAAGACUUUUUUUGUAUAAACUCUAUCAAGUGAAGCUCACUUUCAUCUUCAGUGGUGUGCUCUGUAAGGAAAAACACAUCAAACUGUGACCACUGAGAAUGUCCACUGAUUUUUUUCCUUUUUUCUUUCACAACUGUAUGAAUGAGUUUUCACUUGUUUGAAGGAGGCACAUGCUGAAAGCUAAACGUGAUGUUGACCCCCUCUGUACUACUCCCAGGAUGCAGCUUUGAUGUGUGCUGUCAGGAGUUUGCCAUGUUUGGACCAAAGAAACCCACUGACGGAUUUGUGUGCUGCUGAGAUUUACCCAUAAAAAACAUCCUUUUAGCAAGCCAUACAAACACACACACUCCAAUUUCUCCCCAUCUCUUUCUCUCACCCUCUCUCCUUAUCUCGUCCCAUUCACGCACACACCAUCUCACACACACACACACACACACACACAUAGAGUAGUCUGAGUAGGGAGUGCCCUAGCCAGCUCAGCAUGAAGUUUACUCAGA